AAAUCCUGUGCAUGUAAGAAGGAAUCUUAAAUUUCUUUUGCAGGUGUAACAACUUUUUUAUGAAAUUGUGAAACUGCUUCUUGAUAUAGAUAAAAUACAAUGCUACAUGCUAAAUUGAGGGCUGCAUUGUGUGUUGCUAAAUUUUCAGGGUCUGUUCAGAAAAAAAAAAGAAAAAAAAACCGCUUGAAUCACCUUCAGUGAUACACUAUGCGCAGGCGUCGCACCGAUGCAAUUAACACUGAAAUGUAAACUUCUUUGUUUCAAGCAAGCACAGCCAACUUAUAAUUCUGAACUGUAGGUAUGACUGUUAGCACACAAUAUGUUAAAUAUAGGCGCAGUAUAGGGUCUAACAAAUGCUGUCAAAUAAGAGGUUCCAACAAAAAGUAGCGACACUUUCUUUUGGUCAUCGCCAAUGACAGUCCAUAAGCUUUCCCGAUUAGUUCCAUAAAAGCGCUUGCGUAACUGGUAGACUUGUCUACAUUGUCUCGCUUUGUAUAGUAGUUGCGUAUUUUGAACUCUAUACAUUCUACGCAAUGCUCACGUAGUCUAGUGCGAGGAAAGAGCGAUCGUAGGCCACGUACUACUACUAGGACGUCAAACUAAUACGGCUGACUGCACGGGAUCUGUUUCAGAUAUGCUGCUCCACAAGUGUGCUGCACAGUGAAGCAUCUCGUGCAUUUAACUAGACGUGACCACGUCCGCAUCGAAAAGAAUAUCGCUCGCCGAAAUAUGUACGUGAAAUAGUACGCCGAUUCCGUGCAGUACUGGCUGUGUCGCCCGCUAUACCAACCGCCUGUACCAAAGGUGCCGCGGCUCCUUGUCGCGGCGGCGCUCCCUUGCUCGAGCGGCCGGAUGGAAUCUGCGCGGUCACGUGCUCUCCGGAUGCGGGGGAUCAUCCAGGCAAAGAUGGACGACGAUACGUGAAGAGGCGCCGGCGAGCUCCUUUAACACGAAUGUUUUUUCCCCAACAUUCCCAUUGUUUUCUCUUCCACAUCCUGGUUACUGCUUGGUAGAACGUACGUUAAAUCACCCUGCAACGAAAACGUCCUAGGUUUUUAUUGCAAGAUUCAGUCGGUAUGCCGAAACGGAAACUAGAAGAGGAUCAACAUGAACCCGACGAGCUGUCAGUGCCUCUGCCGAUACAAACGUUUCUCUGGCGACAGACAAGCCCAUUCAUACGUCCAAAAAUUGGCAAAGCCCAUGAUGCAUCAGCGAUGGAGCAAAGAGAAGCAUGCAAGUCCUUUGAGAAAGUAUUGGUGCAAAAUAUUCAGUUCGGCUUAUCACCCAGUUUGACUGUUGCUAUCAAGAGCAUCAAGAGGUGGCGCUUGGUACGGGCAGCUCUGCCUCAUGUGAUGCACUGCUGUGCUGCCCUGCUGUACGCAAGAAAGGAAAGCUGCUUGGAGAAGCUAGGAGCAGCAGAGACCAAGCUGCUAUACACUCUUCACUGGAUCCUGCUGGAUGCUGCUGAAGAGUGUACCGAUGCUGAGCACAGUCAGACUGGCCAGCUGCCUGAUAAGAGCCAGUACAUCUUCCCAAUCACCGUCAUCCAGGUCUUUGUAUACCUGUUUGCCCCACUAAUUCCAUUCCUGAAGCAGUCAGAUUUUGUGGGGAGUUUCCGAUUGGAAAAUGGAGUUCGCAUCUGGGAGCCUUUGUGGGAGCAUCGACACCCUGCUGUUUCCUGCUUCACUGCCCCUGUGCAGCCGCACGGUCAUGCCAUGCGUGCUGCGCGCAGGGCUGACUUCGACCUUCGACGACAUGAAUAUGGCGAUGUCUUCAUUGGGGGAGCCCCUGCAAAACUGCGCAAGCAAGAAUCGGUGAAAACAGGCACGAAUGAAAACGAGGGUAGUGACCAUGGCUCUCCUGACAUCACGCUGACAAGCAGAGCAUCGUCAGCAUCCGCAAUUAAAGAACCUAUUGACUCUGAAGUGAAUGUGCCUGUGGUGAAAGAAAGUGAGCCAAAAGUAACAAUCUUGGAAGGGUGUCGUCCAAGCCCUUCAAAGUCUCAGGGGGAAUUGGCCGCAAGACCAGCUCCAAAGGCAGAUGAUGGAGUCAAGAAAGAGGCACUGACAGAUAUUUGUAUGGCCACCUACCUUGAUGUGUCUGUUAUGAGGUGCCUUUUCAUCUCCCACUGGCUGGAAGAAGGUGUGCAUUGGGCCUUGCAGUUUCUUCUAAACAGGUUGCAGGGCAUAGCAGAGGAACAGGCACGUGAGGUGCGCCCGCGCAAGCGGAGCAGUUCAUUGCCUGUGCCACGACCAGAGCCCCCACCACCGCCUUCUCCAAAGCAACGGGAGCAGCCAGCGCCACCAUCCACACCUCGGCCCCUGGGCAGCUAUGUGGCUUUGGGCAGAGACUCGUGCCCAAGUCCGUUUCUGCGUGGCCUGCCCCUGAUGCACAGCCAGGGGGGGGCUGGUGGUGGUGGUCCACCAAGCCACCACACCAGCAUGCAAGAGCUGCGGCAGCAACAGCAGCCACAGCCACAGCCGUUUCCUCAUCGCUGCAUGGCAUCCCCGGACUUGCGCCGGAACAAACGCCUCAAUCGAGGUGACCUGCGAGCUUUUGUGGAAGAGGGGCUGCGUCUCUCGGAGCGCAUCCUGGACCGCCUGGGCCGGGAUGACGACAACGGUAGCAGCAACGUUGGGAACCACCACCAGCACCCAACCAUCGAGGUGGCAGUAGUGGGUGUUGGUGGAAGCAGCAGCACCACCACCACCACAACAACCAACAACAACACCCCUGUCACUUGUGCCGUGGAGGAGCCUCCAAGCUGGUCUGAGCACCCUCAGCCAACUGACAGCCAUUCCUCAGCACGUUCAGUUGCAGUUCCACGGCUGCUUCCCCCGCGCCCCAGCUCGGCACUGGGCCUCCUGAGGGACCCCGAUGAUGAAGAACAAGUAUGCUCUCCCAGAUUCUCGGCAGCAGCAUUCUUCUCAAAGUCGGAGAUGGUACGUGGCAAAAGCCUGCCCAGCAUCCACAUUGAGGAGCCACCUGGCUCCAGGGAGCCAGUUGCCAUGGCGACCAUUGCAGUACCGACCAGGGAACCCCCUGGGGCACCGCGUAAACUUCCUGCGGUGCACACGCACAGUGUGCCCAACCCCAUCAUCACGGUUACUGAGCACUCCCCUGUUGCAUCCAUCCAAUUCUUCAUCAACCAGGACUCAGCUGAGAGCCCAAAAGAGGAGACUCCUCCGAGCCCAAUUUUCAUGCCACUCUGCCAUCAGCUUUCUAUAACACGAAGCCAAACUGACUCCAACAUAAUUUACAGCAGUGAUGAUUUCAAUGAGGCAUCUGGCUCAACCCACUAUAUUACUCCUGAUGGCAGAAUUAAUCUUUCUGUAGUGUUAAAGGCUGUCCAUGCUGUCACCUUGCGAGACACCAGCUGCUCCCUUCGAGUGUGUGGAGUUGUGGUGAGCAUCGUGGAGCUGCUUCUUAACCUGGGUGUGCUGCCCAAGAAAGUGGGUCGACCCGAUGAAGCAAGUGACCCCUGGGGACUGGAUGACUUCAAGCCAAGCAGAGCUGAAGCGGAGAAGCGUAGUGAUGAGCUCUCCACACACAACCUCUUUGUGGACAGCAUCAUCAGAGUGAUCAAGCACCUUGGCUGUCCUCAUGGCUGCGGAGAAGGUCACCGGUCAUCAGCUGCAGAAACUGUACGCCGCCAGGCCUAUGCCUGCCUGCUUCGAUUGCACCGUGCAGACGAGGCCCAGUUUCGAAGGUUCCUUCGGGAACUCGUGCGGGAGCGUUCAUUGGCAGAAGUGUUGGACGUCUAUCAUGCGUUCAUGGGCUUCUGUGCUGAGACUGGAUCGCUGCUAUCACCUAUAACUCAGAAGAGAACCAGUACAACAAGCAGCCAGGACGGCAGUGUGCACAGUGGGUAUGCUAACAACUUUGGAGCUGGUCCAGGUGGGAUCUCUGGUAAAGGCAUUGAAGGUGUGAUUGUGACCUGCACAUUCAAAGCUCUGGUCACACGUCUGGCCAAGUGCAGUCGUGAGCUCAAGAACCAAGAAAACAUGUCCUUAUACUGUGAUCUGCGUCAGCUGAUAAGCUACGUUCAUGACAACCACGGAGGCAUAUUUCGAAGAGUGGCCUUAAGUGGGAUGCUUGAUUCUGCAGACCGUCCAAAUAAAAAGAAGAAUUAUGUACCGGGAACAAGAAUUGUCAGGCAUGCAAAGUCCCUGGAACAUGAAGAGUUAAAGGACCCACUGUUUUCAUCAAAUGUUUUUAUUAUCGAUGAGACAGCCGUUGAGAAGAGCAGCCGAAAGUCUUUCUUUAGGAAAAGAGGCGUGAGAAAAGUCCCCAGUGCUCAGAGCAUCAUGGAUGAGAAGGAGGAUGUCUCGGCAUGCCCAAGCCCAGCGCCAGGCCAGACGACACCCUCGUUUCCUCGUCAGCACAGGGCCCUGACUCCUAGGCUUAGCUUGUCGGAGGGAGAUAAUAUCUCCCUCACUCCUAAGCACAGCAAGGGCUCUAAGUUUCCACUGGUGGGAUGGCUGAAAGGAGAUCGAAAAAGCGAGACAGGAGAAGAAGAGUGUGGGAGCUCUCCCGGAGGUGUCGGUCUGGACACAUCACCAAACACAGCUGAACGUCUCAUUCGACGUUCGAGUGGCAUGAACCGCACACCCAAGAUGCCACCUAAGUCUGCCAGUCACAUGAGCCUGACAUUUUUACGUGCUCGCCGCCGUAUGGAAGACCAGUUGACCAAGCUGGGCUUUGGUCGGAGUAAGAGCAAGCAUGGCAGCUUCGAAGAGCCCCCUGAUCUCAGCAGACGAAAUUCUUUUGACCUGGACCACAGUCAGCGAGAUGGUGAGAUGCUUAUCAUGAAAGAGAGCAAACUUGUUAACUCCAGGCUAGUCUACGAUGGCAUGCUUCGAUUUGCCUUUCUACAAGAGGUUUGCCAGCCUGGAACAGUUCCUGACUCUCCUUUGCUGGCUGCAGCAUUAGAUCUGAAAGCACCGGUUGUGUCCCGCGCAGCCCUGUUCUUUGAGUGUGCUCACUUUGUGCACCGUUGCAACAAGGGCCAGUGGCCCACAUGGAUGAAGCUAAAUCUGCCAGUGUUUCGACCUUCUGGCCCAUUAGCAAAUCGUGGCACACCAUCAGGCAUGCAUCGCAUUCACAUCCUGCAGCGGGCUGCUGGAAAACUCUUCUUUCAGUGGGCUGAGGCAAUUGGGGCCAGGCUUGAAGAGAUGCUUCAGGGUGAGACUCAUGACCCCCUGGAAAUUGCUGCCAUCGCAGCCGACGAACAAAAGCGCCGGCAGUGCAGAAUGGAAGAUGAAGAAGAAGACUUUUUGGAUGAAGCAAGCAUCAACCCUUCAGGAAAUGUCUGCCCUUUUGCGCUCAAGAUGGCAGCUUGCCAGCUGCUUCUGGAGAUAACAGCCUUCCUGCGAGAGACAUACCAGCUGCUGCCACAGAAAUCAGCCCGUACGUCGGCUCGUGACCGGCCCACCUUUGAGCCUCGUAGUGUCAACGCUAACCGUCGCUGGAGCAUGGCCCUGAGCACACUAGGGGUCAGCCAGACUUCAGCCCACAGCCUGGUUUCGCUUGCUGAGCAAACCCACCCAGUUGUGGUAGGAGAAAGAAGAAUUAGUUUUGUGCUGCAUGAGGCAGAUGCUGAAGGAGAGUCGGAGAACAGCAGCAACAACACUGUGAAUGUUCAGGAGGAGCUCAUUCUUCCGGAUGAGAAGCGAGGCCGCCGUAUUGCCCAAGGGAGGCCUCACCUGCUGCGCAGGACGGGAGGCUCCACGGCUGGCCAUAACUCCAGCUUUAAGCGCUGCAGCCUCAAACUGAAAAAGCCUGGCGACCGCAAGUCCCGGGCACGGUCCUCCACAUUUGCCGAAGAUGAAGAGGAGGGAGGUUUACGCAGAACGGAGAGCAUAAAGUCCCGGCGCAAGGUGAGCGCGGUCUCGGACCGCAGUGACACGAGCGAGCGGGCAGACGUGAGUGGGGAGGAGUCGCCUGGCGUGCUCAGCGACGAGCCGGCACCAGAGAGCCCCGUGGACCUGCUGGACGCAGACGACGCCACCAUCAUCGCCACCCGCAUGCCCUGGCUCAAGGUCAUCGUCCAACUCUGCGGCACCUUGCACUUUACCUGCACGCACCAGCAGUUUUGCCAUCACACCUGCUACAGGAGGCAGAUGAGGGCCUGCAAUCGGCUUGCAAAGAGUGUCCGAAAGGUUUAUGGAGAUGACUUUGGACUUAUCCAAGAUAUGGGCAAGCAACAGGAAGAUAAAGAGGGUGGAAAAAAGGACAAGAAGUUCAAGAAGAUUAUCACAGGGCCGAGCUCUCCGUUGAAACGCAAGGCGAGCCUGGCGCACAAUCUGGAGAAACUGGAGAAGGCACUGGACGGGGCACGCUCGCUGCACAGCAGCGCCACCUGUCUGGUUCACGAUGUCGAAGGUGGCCUGCCACCCGAGGCGAAGCCCCAGUCUCUACCCCAGUCUGGCAAGGGCAAGGGCACCACUCCAGCCAAGGAGGAACAUCCCAUGCUCAAAUACCUCAAGACACAGGUGAUGAGCCUGUUUCACAGUCCUUUGUCGAUGCUUAUAAAGGGCACUGUCGUGGCGACCGAAGAAACUUUCAUUGAAGCAAUGCCCAUUGCCUGGGAGCUGCUUCUAGAGAAUGACCAACAACUGAGUGCUGUGGCAGCUGUUGUAUUUAUCCUUGCUGCUGUGAAGGCUCCUGAGCAUGCGUCAGAGCUCUUAAGUCGAGAACUUAAGAGUGAAGACACAACCCAGAAGACCAAUGCCCUUCUGAGGUUCCAGGCACUUUGGAAAUUUCGUUAUCAAUGCUGGCUGAGGAUGGAAGAGGCUGCACACUUAGUUUUCAAGGUGCCACCUCCGACCAUUGAGUUCACCCUUCCCAGCCCACGCAUUGCCCUUGACUGUGCACCUGUGGCUGAUCCUCCCUGGAUGCCUCAAGUUAAGACUAAAGUGGAAGAAGUUACCAUCAAUCAGGACCAAUCUCGAUCAUUUGUAACAGCGACUCAGACUCGCCGCAAGCAGCAGAUGGAGCUCAUCCACCGAGCACUUCAGGCUGAAGAAGAGAAGAAAUGCAAUGAGAGGGAAAACUUUCACAUCUCCUCCGUUGCUGUCAAUGUGCUUUCAGCCUAUGAACCUGCUCUGUUCCAUGCUGUUGAUGAGCAUGAAGAGGGAGAUGAAGACCAGACAGCUGAACGGUUAUCUGCUCAUCCUAUACAAGUGGCACACGCCUUGUUUCCAUCGUGUCUGUGUUCAGCAGCAGUGUAUAUUAUCAACCUGUUGAAUGAUGCUGAGGUCAGCUCUGAUGGAGUUGCAGUGUACGAAGUGGCCUACAAAGUGAUUUGGAACUGCCUGGUGGAAGAUACAGCACUGUUCCUGCGUCACUUCUUGGAGAGGCUGACCCGCGAGAAACCAGAUUCUGUGAUCCAAAUUCUGCGACGUCUGCUGCGCUUUGUGCCUCGGCUACCAACACAAGCAGCACACACACUCUACAACUACCUGGUUGGCUACAUUAUGUUUUACAUUCGAGCUCCUGUGGAAGGUGGAACAGAGCUGAUUGCCAAUGCUAUUUCAAUACUUUGGCUGGUUGUACCCAGUGUUCAUGGACUCUACUUGAAAGACCUCAAGCAAGUGCUGAGAAAAGAGCAGUGUGAUGCUACCUUAUUGAUCACGGCAAAUGUUCCAAGUGCCAAGAAGAUUAUUGUGCAUGGACCUGAUGCAGGUGGCAUUCCGUCACAAUUUCCAAUUCAUGAGGACACCCAGUUUCUUCAUAUUCUUCAAGACAGUCUUGAUUUUUUUGGUAUUGAAGAGAAUCAGCAUAACUGCUACUUCCUUGUUGAUACAAAGACAAACCAGAUGCACAAUCCAAGUGCAUUUGUCCGAGACUUCUAUUUCUUCAAGCGGUCCCAGUAUCCUCAGUUAUCAUUGGUGAAAAUGGACCCUGAUGAAGCUUUUGAAGCAGGGCAGCAGGAGGCGUUCUAUCUGCAUUUCAUCGAAGUUGGGAAGGUCCUGAUGAGUCUGGCCAUUCUACGAACCAGCCAUCAGCUUGCUCCCAGAGUUCUAUUUCUACAUGAUGAGCUGACCAAGUUACCAUCAUUUCCCCGCAAAGCUCUUGAGGCUGACUUUGAGCUCUACACCGGCAAGUCUGGAAAAGAACUUUUAGGGAUGGACACAUUGCACAAAAUGGUGUGGGUCAAAUUAAUGGCCCGAAUGUUUGAAGCCAUGGCUGGAUUUUUUGCCCAUUCAUCAGACAUCCAUUUGUUUCUGAAUGUUGUGAAUGGAGCUCUCGUUCUACACCCUGAAGAUGCCAGCAUUCUGCGUCUCUGUAUGGCUACCUACAUCAAUGCUGCGCACCAAUUCAGGAACAUCUUUGCUUCUAAUGGGUACCUCCUGAUCAUGCCAACAAUCUUGCAAAUCUAUUCCAACCAUCAGACUAAUGGCUUGCUCUGUAGAACUGUCGAGUUCAUCUGCAAGCAAUUUUAUAUCAUGCACAGAAAGCCAUUUAUACUUCAGAUGUUUGGCAGCGUGGCUCCUCUCCUUGACCUUGAUGUCAACAGCAACUACGGAGAUGCGAACAAGAUGCAGCCCAAGGCAUUCUUCCAACUGCUGCAGUCUCUUGCACAGUACAUUGUCGACCCACUGGACAUUUUGGAACUGGUCGAUGCAGAGAAGCCACUGAGGGCACUUGACUUUUGCUACCAGAUGGACCCCGACACCUUGACCAUACUGGAUGCCAUAUCACUUAGUGUCACAGUUGUUUCAUAUGCUUCUGACUCGCACAGGGGCCACCAGAUGCUGACUAUCUUGGAGGCGGUGCUGCCUUUCUACCUACAGCACCUGCAGUCCUUGACCACCAAGAAAGAAACUCCUGGGGGGCCACGAGCUGAGCUGCAGAUGAUUCACAAUGUGUCCGUUUGCAUGAAGACCCUGAUCAGCAAUUGUGAGGCUUUGACCAGAAAUUACACAGGACCUCAAAAAGCGAUUGACUUGAGGGGUUCUAGCAUCAAGAAUGCCUCACGAGGUGCUUGUUCGCCUCCUUUCGAAGUUGAGGAAGACCUGCCUUCAAGGUUUGUGAAUGAGACGCUGUAUGGGUCGAGGAAGCCAGGUGGAACUCACUAUGAACGGGAUGAUGAGGACAGUGAUCUUCUGCGACUUGAGUUCCGACAGCCACGGGACACACUGUUAUCAGUGGUGGCAGAAUUCCUUACUAAGUGCUCAGCUCGCCUGGCUGAUCUGAGCAAAAAGAUCCCCGACUUGCCCAGCAAGGCUACCGAGCUCCUGGAUGUCAAGUGCCACUUGCGUCUGGCAGAAGUGGCUCACAGCCUGCUCAAGAUGGCACCAUAUGACCCCCAGACCAUGGCAUGCCGAGGCUUGCGGCGGUACCUCAAUGAGGUGCUGCCACAGUCAGAGUGGGCACAAGAGGCUAUGAGGCCUGCUCUUAUCAUGGUCAUCCGUCGCCUUGACAAGACCUUUACCAAGGUUGCCAAGAAGCCUGCCAUACGGAGACUUGUUGAUUGGGAUGCAGCUCGAAAUCUGUUAAAAGGUGUCUACAUGACACUUUACAAGCAUCCAUACAUAGCUCACCUGCCUCAUCUAAAGUCACUGGUUGCUAUCUGCCAGAGCAUCAUAGUGGGCGAUCAGAAUGCUUCUCUAGUAGCUGAGAGCAGCGGAAAUGUUUCAGUCUCAGCUGCAGCUCUGGCCCAGUCUCCACCACCAGGCUUCUGCUCGGUGGCUGUGCGACUUGUGACCAUGCAAAUGGUUGCACUUGGGGACUCGCUCUCACUGGAGAGCAUCUGUGGAGGCUCAUCAGUUCUGACAAGUGCCGACAAGACAGAAAUCUUUUUGAUGAACUUCAUCCUUCCUCUCUGCAUCAGAGUCAGCAGUGGAGUGAAAGAUGUACCCAAGAUGCGUCAGAUGGACAUCUCCUUUGCUUUGACCGUGGUGUUGAAUGCCUUGUCUCCUCCUGGAGCCCACAAGCACCAUCCAUCCAGUGCUGUGGGAAAGCCACCAUCAGAGGCUCAGCAGAACACUGCUUCGACACGCGAGAAGUCUUCUAGUGCUGUCAGAAGCUCAUUGUACCAAAUCGGAUUUCUUGGACUGAAAAUUUUGAUUGUAUGUUAUGAGAGGCAACUUUUAAGUGACUGGCACCGGAUUGCUCGAUGCAUUCGCGAGCUGGGAAACAGGCUGCAAGGUGGUCUUGCUCUUUGGAGCUUUCUUGACUUUGUUGUGACUCACCGCACACCUCUUUACGUACUACUGUUUCCACUGAUUAAAUACAAGAUCUUGCAGACCAUUUGCGACAAUGAGCAGGAGUACUACUACCAGCAGCUCAUCAGAGAUAAGAUCAAAGGAAUAAAUCUGCCAACUCCUAAAAGCUUUGGCUGUAUGUUUGUUGACCUUGUGAAUGAACUGAAGACAUUGAAGGAGGACCUUGUUGCCUGGAAACUCGGAGGAGAACUGGAGCGUGGAAAGCCAUCUGCAGAAGGCCAUGGUGGUGAGAUGUCCCAGUCAAUCAGCUUCACACGUACCAUGGUCCCAGGUGGUGCGCACCGGCCCAGCUUCACCGAACUUACACCUGACCAUCAGAGCAUCACUCGACUUGGUCGACCACCAGGCAUGGGCUCGGCUGAAUCAGAAGAAGGUGCUGUUGGGGCGGUGUCAGCAGGAAGCACAGCUCCAAGACCUCUGCCUAUCAUGCGCUCCGAGUCGCAGCGAGAACCUCAUCGGGAGAGCCAGCAACAGCGUGACUCACACCGGGGUCUCAGCAUACGACUUCAAUCGCGCGAGGGCAACAGCCGGAGAGUAAUGCAACGCUUCCUAAGGAGAACCAGCUAUCCAGAGGAGGAGGGACCUACCCAAGUAUAUCGACCAAUGGAAGCCCUGGACAUGGAGCAUUCUGCAUCAUCUGAGCCUCGCUUGUUCAGAAAGUCCACACUCCUAAUCAAAAAGAAAGGCAGCAAGAAGAGCACUGGUAGCAGCAGCCUAACCUCUGUAGGGGUUGCUGAGAGUGGCGCAGCUACUGACGACGAAACUUUACAGGACAGUCUCCCAGAAGGCGUAGACUCGACUGGAGAGGGUCCACCGACCCCAACUGCCUCUAGACCUCAGUCCCCCGAGACUGGAGAGCCACAGCGGCCAAGGCACCGGCUUCAACGUCAGAAGGCUCAGAGCCGCAAGACAUUCAGGUUUGGAAAAUCACGGCGGGGAGCUGGCUGGGCAGCGGCUGAGGUAGGAAUUGCCACGGCUGAUGAUGCGCCACCCGCAACGGUGGCUGAGGAGGAGCCCGAAGGCAGGCCUCGACCCACUCGGGCGUCCUCCAUUCAUGGUCUGCCCGCCAGCGCAGUGGGUGCUCUUGCAUCCUUUACCAGUGAGCACAGGACAGAGGAUCGGUCAGUUAAGGAUUGAGAGUGUUUAUUAUUGGAAAGAAUUCUGUGGCUCACCAUGAUUUGAGAGUACGGUGAGCUUAAGUUCAUCUGAAAGCUUUCGAGCUACUACUAAUAAUGCAGUGCAUCUGUUGCCGUAUUGCUUCCUCCACUGACUGUGUGUCAAAUACACAAAGAAAAGCUGAAUGGCUGAGGCUUGGAACCUAGAGGAAGAAGUAUGUAAAGUCUUUUUAAGGAAGCACAUUAUAAACCUAAUACAGGCUGUUCGUGCUGCUGUCACGCUAGCUUGUGUAGGAAACAGAUUGUUUUUGAUUGUCCAUGUUGGAAUAGCAAUAGGAGAUGUAAAGCAAAUGGAAUGGGCCUAACACUGUAAUGUGUAGCUCGUAUAUUGUGGCUUCUAUUGAUGAAAAUUUAUGCUGGCGGUGCAUUCCUUUUGUGUGUUUUUAGAUGCUUUCAGUGGGAGUACUCUGGCCAUACGCUAACUGCGGUUUCACAGUAUUUGAGUUCAUUGCUUUAUUUGCUUGAGAAGCGAGUGAAGCUUUGGAAAUGACAGAAGUACCAUAGUAUGUGCAUUGUGGCAACACAGUGCGUGAAGUGCUCCUUUGCCAAGCUGAAAACAUUGCUACAAUCUUGCUUGCUAUAGCCUUGUUUUGACAGGAACUCAGGGAAAUGGUCCCCAUUGCAUUAUCAGAUUAGCAUUUGUCAUGGUAGCGUAGGUUGUUCGCAUUAUUCUGGGAUGCACAGUGCAGUUUCUGUCACCGUACGAUAGGUUAAGACUUGAAAUCUUACUGUGCUAAAGGGUAUGCAGACAAGAGUUGAAGAAUGCAGUGGAAAGAAUUAAAAAGUACCAGUGCUUAUGAAAGCUUCACCUCACCUGAUCAGCCACUCAGUAACUUUGAAGUUGCUUCUGUGUUCUGCAAAGGGUUUGUGUAUGAGGACAGUGCAGGAAACAGAUACUUUUUGAAAGGCUUUGAGGCCAGAAAGCUCUCUUCUAAUGUGAAAGGCCUUGCAGUGAUACUGUGUACCCAUAUGAUGCCUAGAAUUUAGUUUGAAGCACUUGCUGGCACUGUGGAGUGUUGAAAGUUUUGUAAAACACUACAGGUGAAGUUCUUGCUUCACUUGCUGGAAGCUUCAUGAUUUCCUUUGUCCAAUGUCGACAAGGGAAAAAACAAAAGUGAUCAAUGAAAGCACCAUUCUAUUUGUGCUUUCGACCUGUGGGGUUCCCUUCAGAAGAGAGCACCACGAACACCAGAAAAAUUAGGCUGACACGACACAGCAGCUUAAGUAUAUGAUGCCAUGAAUUAGCAGUAUCACACGUACAAAGACAAAGCAUAAGUCGCAUAUAAUAAAUCUGGAGGAUUUGAAUAGUAAACAGGGUGAGUCAAAUACCAUAAUUUAAUAUGUGCUAACUUACCCGAUUUGCGAUCCUCACCUCUAUUGUGCCAUCUUCAUAUGGCAAAUCAGUUCUGCAGAAGCGUGCAUGGUGGAGGAAAGUUCAUAAAAGUGACAGUUGUUAUCUGUCCAUCUGUAGCAUGAACCUACAAAGGAUACCCCAUCUUUAAAAGAUAUGAUACAAUGCCAUCUCUAAAAUAUUCCGAACAGUGCAAACAAGCCAGGCACGAAGGACACGCUAGCACUGACUUCCAACUAAAUAUUUCAUAGAAUAUAACAAGCAUAUAUAAAGGGAAAGCCAAGGGGAUAAAAAUGAAAGCCAGACCAGGCUCAUACAUGCACAGGCUAGUGGGCAUGGUUUUAACAAUGGUCAUCACUACUCAUGCAAAUAACAAAAUUUUUUAACAUGGAGAAGUUCUGGCGGUUGACUAACAUGCUUGUCACUAAUUCUUAUGUUGUACACCUUGGCUAUUUUCUAGGUCAACUGCAUUCUCCCUGAACAGAGGAAUGCAACCACAUGACUUUCAGUAUAGACUAUACUCUAGUUUCCUUCAGGAAAGGCUCAUGUUCCCCAAGACAGGUGUUAUGUUUCUCGAUGUGUACUGUGUACAGCCAUCCCCUUUGUCCUUGUUUUUGUUCGUACAGUUUUGCAUCCUUAAAGUCGACGUUAACUGACUUGUUCAGUUGGCCAUCUUGCUUCAUGGUAUGAAAUUUAUCAAACCUUAGAAGUUCUCCUUACUAAAUGAAAUUUACUUUUUCAAAUGGUGCAAACAUGUUGCAGGGGUAGUGCUGCUUCAAGUUUUCAAGUUCCAUGUUUUACUGUUUUUAUUGGAAACAAAGGAACAAGAUCGAUUUAGGUUAUGAUGCAUGCCAAUUCAUAAAAACAUAAAUUGUCAUAAAGGGCCCCUCACCAGGCCACAUAUAAAAUUUCAGUUAUACGUUUGAUGUUGUUAAAUGCCCUGUAGGGAGCGUUCUACCACAAGGAUUUCAAAUUGGUUCAUUAAUAGCCGGGAUAAAAAUAUUUCGGUGCCGUGAACCCAUGAUUUCAGGAAGUGAACGUCACCGUCAACAAAACUCUCUCCACUUGCCCCACCUAGCCUCCACAAGCGAAAUUCCUUCCCUGCAUUCUCCCAUACCAGAGCUCGAGGAUCGCGUGAUGCAUAUAUCACAGCCCCCUGUCUUCUUCUUUUUCUUUCCCCCCUUUUUUGCUGCACGGUGUUUGUCUCAUUUUGCGUAACAGACGAUUUUCGUGCUGUGCACAAGAACACCUGACUAGAGGUAUUAGUCAGUGCUACGUGAACACUCAGGCAAGCACAAGAGGACAUGGAGAAAGGGAAAAGUUGGGAGGGAGCAUCAUGCAAUAUGAUUGAAGUUGAGCCUGUUGGUCCAACAUGUGAUUGCUCGGAAAUGCGCAGUUGGCUUUAGUGUUUCCGCUCUGCAGGCGGAUCCACAGCAGGGCAGUCGUACAAGCGCACACCGAAUAAAGACUACUGGCAUAGCUAUUGGGAACCAAACGUCUCAGGAAAUUUCGAUUCUUGCUCCACGAUCUCGUCGCGUGUUGGGCCACCUCUGAGCAAAGGGACUGGCUUCACGGAGCAUUCGCUUGCCAAGCUGGCUGCGUGAUGUAAUGCUCUCUCCUAACUUCUUCCUUCCUCCAUGCAAGCGGAUCACAGAGCAUGACUGCACACUGGAGCUCGGUAGAAAAUCACAGUUUCACUGCCUGUGCGCAUGACUGAACAAUAUGGGAACAAGCAGACGAAAUAGAAGUACAUCUCUCCUGUUAUGGUACGAGGUAAAACAAACACACAGACAUUGGGUUUGUGUGUUUUAUUAUUUCUUGAAACGUUAAUCCGUCUACUGAAGCAACAGAUUACACAAAUAACAGAUGCUGCCUGUAAUAAUUCUUGAAGUCGCGUGUCGCUGUGAGCGAUGUCACAGCACGGACAUGUACGUAGGCGUACUUGUGUAUAUAAGUCACCUCUCUGGCUGGGAGCGCGGUGCCCGCAAGGAGAAGGGCAAACAGCGUUUGGUUUAAAAUUUCAGCACUUUCCGUUGCGCAUAACAAUGUAAUACUUGGCGGACAUGAUCGUUAGCGCGCAUUGUAUGCCCUGCACUUGUCAGCUCAAUAUGGCCAGACCUGGUGAGAGGCCCUAUAAAGUAAAUGAUUGCCUUGAGGCUAGCCAUAGUUUACCAACCACUGGUUCAAUGUGCCAAAAUACCACUAAAUACAGACAUUCUAUUGAGAUACAAACAAAAACAGACCAAUUUCUUUCAGUGUGAUGAGGUGUUUUCACUUUGUACUAAAGGCAAUUUUAUUUCUGUGUAAUGAGGUGUUUUCACCUUGCACUGUAACCUAAUAGCCAGCCAGUGGUCCUUAUCCGAAUCAUUGCUGCUAGUCGAUGAGUGUAAUGUGAGCAGCUUAUUGCCAUUGCUGAUGGAUGUUGCCAUUUGGAAGAAAGCUUGGGUUUGAUGUCGCAUGACAAACACGUAAGAGGUUUAUGAGAGUUUUUAGCUGUUUAUAUGAGAGGGCAUAAUAUUGUCACGUAUUGCUGAAUAUUAUCUUUGUGACGCAUGUAUGGUGGGCACAAUUUUUCUUGUCUUAGAAGUUAUUUUUUUGUUGAUUUGAACUGUUUGGUCUGGCAUUUCAUUAUAUUUUUUGCAGCCCCACCAUUGUGGCUUAAGAUAACCUAGUUAGACGGGGCUAAGUUGAAUAAGAGUGACCGCAGUCAGUCCAUUAUCCAUCUGAGUGGACAACUUCCUCAAAUUCAAUGUCUUGGUGGCCACUGCCUGCUGACACUGGUCUUGUCACACGGCAGACAUCCCAUGGCUUUCAGUGGCCAGGACUGUUGUGCCCCACAACCAUUGCAUUUAAACAGUUACAUAAGCAUUAACCUCUUUCUUCCUUGCCUUUCUUUUUUUCUAAGUUGUUUCAUGGAGCUGUUAACUUUUGCAUAUCAGUGCUGCACAGUUGUUUGACUAAGACAUGAGCACUCCACUUAAUUUGUUCUUACUUCUUGUGCCUCAUCACACAGGCAGUUUCGAUGCUCACUGAUGUCAAUUCUCAUUUGGCUUUUAAGCGUAAUUGAUGUGUGCCCCUCCUACGUGAUCGGAGUCAAAGCUUGUCGAGUAAUCGGCAUCUAUGCAUGAUGCACCACUCUGUGAUGCGGAGAAACGAGCUGUGCUAAGAAAAUGUGCUUUUCACAGCAUAGGACGCAUGGUGAAAACACUUGACAGGAAUCGGCUUGACAGGCCACUGAGGUGUGACAGACGUAAGAACUUGGAGCGAGUAGCACAUGCCUAUUUUUAGGCUGCUGCAUGAUAAUAACGUAGUGCCCUUGCAUGUCUGUUUUAUAGCCAUUUUAGCCAAUACUCUAAUCGGAGUAGUCAUUUAAAAAUGCCAGCCUUAAUCACCAAGAUGGCUUCAAGAGUACCAGCUGCAAACCUUGAUUGUGCUCAAGAAUCCCAAUUUGUAUUUCAUAAAGUGUGAAUGAGUUGAGCAUGACGAAAAUCGAGUACAGCUAGAAAUACCUGCUUUCUUUGGGAACCUUGUCUGCAGAAAGCCAUUUGAAACAUUGAAACGAGGUCUUCAGACGUAAACACCGACACAUUUUAAUGCGAUAGCGUUAAGGGCCCCGUGUCACAGAAAAUCCAGUGUCAGCAUCUCGUGAUCCAGCGUCGACAGUUUCGGCAAAAAUCAUUUUGAACCACGCAUACCCUACCACGCCUGCACUCAGCGUAACGUAAAGAUGUUACUGAACUAAUUGAAUAUCUCAAAGUAAAAUAUGUCAGAAAAAUCGUAAAGUACAACUUACACACAGCCUACAGACACGAUAGCGUCAGAUUGUAAUUUAAAUAUAUGAGAAAACAUAAUUUUGUAACGCGGAAACGCAAACCCCUUUUCCAGUGUUUUUACCAUUCGUAGAAUGGCCACAGCGUCCGAGAUUUGCGCGUGCCAGUGUGUGCAAAUCUCGGAGCUUAAGAAGCAGUGCGCUUGGCUCUUUGCAACACCUCCAGAUGGCGCUCGCCUCCGCCGCAUCGCGGCCCAGGCAAGAGGCCGUGUUCUGCCUCAGUGCUCGCCUCAGAAAGCUCCGCCUCAGAAAGUUCUGCCUCAGAAAGCUCGCCUCAGUGCAUAGCGUUUGCCGCCAGCGUUUCCCAUUAAACAUUGCAGUUAGAGAAGUUGCAAUUACUGGAAAGUGUGGGAAGCAGUCAGAGAUCUUUGAAUGCUAUCGCAUUCCACUCUUAAAGGCGAAGCUUAAGCGUCCUCCAAAUUUUUGUGAAACUUGUGGUUGAAGUUGACAAAAAAGUUCCUUUACUCUGGUAGCACAUUUUCACACUGGAACUUUAAUUUGAGUGAGGAUUCUUGAAGUACAAAAGAACAGCUAGUUUUGAUGUUUGAGAGUGCCUGUGUGACAGGGGUGUCAUGUAAAGUUUGUCAUGUAUUGUGUAUAUUAUAUUUAUUGAUUACAAUCGAU